GCUGCAGGAGAGCCAGCAGCGAGCGAGCGAGCGAGAAAGAGCCGUGCUGCACAGUAGUGUGAGGCAGUGCGCGCGCGCGCGUACCUAUACCCGCGGAGAGCGAGAGAGCGAGAGAGAGAAGAGCAGUUACGUCGCUCUACUCGCUCAGGCUCAGACAGUGUCUCGCGCGAGACGCCGAGCGCGGCCCAGGAGCUCGUCGCCAGGCCCUCCAGCCACUCAGCCCCCCCCCCCAUUGUCUCGUCGAGGACGGCCCUCGGGGUUGCUGCUGCUGUCGGGAGGUGGCUCCGAAACGUUGGUGCAGCGGAUCGCCAGUCAGAGGCACGAUGCAACGCUCUGUACGGGGGGCCACUUAAAUGCCCGAGCGACAGCAGCAGCGAGCUUACUCCAUGUUGUGCCUCGGCCAGCAGCACUGCUGCCCGCCUGCAACUACUUGCGACACCGCGCUACGCUGGAAAGCUGCCUUCGAAGUGAGUGCGCUCUCUGUGCAGUUAACAUCGGGAUUAUCGCCGCUGGUGAAUAGUGCGCUCUCGCUGCUGGCCCAGCCAGCGCCCAGGACGAGCCGACUUUCGAGGCCGAGGCUCUAUACUCACUUCAAUCCCUUCUCUCCGCUCCGCCUAGCUCCGUCUCUGUCGCUCUCGCGCCCGCUACUCGCGAUAUACCUCUAUACGUGCUAUAUACCUCGAGCCAAGUGUCUGUCUGUCUGUCUCGCUCAGUGUGCGUGCGUGUGUGUGUGUGUGCAGCAGUCGUGUCUCUCUCUCUCUCUCUCUCUCUCUCUCUCCUCGAUAUCGCGCGCGCCUCUCUCUCUUUCUCUUUCUUACUCCUACUCUCCUUAUGUGCGCGACGAUCUGCGACUUGGACUUGGUUUCUCUGGUGCUACGACCAGAAGCCAGAACUUGCGUCUCGCUCUUCUUCAUCAUCGUUCGUCUUGUUUGACUGCGAGUCUGCCUGCGCGGGACGACCGCGUCCCGAACAAGACGAAGACGAUGCUGCUGCUGCUGCUGCUGCUGCCCCUGCCCCCACCCGUGAAUACGUGGUGAUAACCAGACUCCGAAGAGCAGUCUGCGGGAAAGGUUGCUGCACCAGGAAACCACACUAUUCGUAGGCUGUAUUCGAGUGAAUUUGCUUGAGAAUCGAAGCACCUACCUCAUCCAUAGCAAGGACGUUUAUCCUUCAAAUCCCCUGCCUGAUAGCCCAGAGUAUCACUGGGUCUCAAAGUACUACCAAUAGAAACCUCUGGAGAGAGAAAGAGUGAGAGAGUCGCAAGACCGCAUUCUCUUACAAACUCACACACAAACCCACACAGACAACAUGGAGCGAGAGUCGAAUCCCAUGCAAGCACUGUGCAGAAGCGGCUGUGGCUUCUACGGUUCGCCAGCCACCGACGGCCUCUGUUCUCUUUGCUACAAGGAGAACCUGAAGAAGAAGCAGCAACCUCCUGUAUCGACUACGUCUGUACCAGCCUCACAGACCGCCUCUGGUAACGCUGGAACGUUGCAGAGUGGUUUCGGCAGCCCUGCCUCCACAGGAACUACUGCCCAGCCAACCAUACCUACCAUACCCCAACCAACGACAGAUCUGUCCAGUCCAAAAGAAGUGAGCAGGGACGAACAAGAGAGCGAAGUAGGAAACAGCAGUGCAGCUGCUGAAGGCUCAGUGAGCAGCGGGGAUGUGGACGACUGCUUCGACGGUAAAGAGACUGACAAGGACUUCAAAAAGAAGAAAAAUCGUUGUGCUAUUUGUCGCAAGAAAGUGGGUUUAACUGGUUUUGAGUGUCGAUGUGGUGGACUCUUCUGCUCUGUGCACCGGUACAGUGACAAGCACGAAUGCAAGUUUGAUUACAGAGAAAUGGGCGCUCAAGAAAUUCGGCGCAACAAUCCAGUUGUUGUUGGUGAAAAAGUGCAAAAAAUUUGAACUAUUUAGUGUGUAGUCGUUGGGAAAAUGGUUAUAUAACUAUAUAAACAAAAUAUAAAAAACACGAAGAAAACGAGAUAAAUUAUCUGGCAGCUGAUUGCACAUCGAGGAACAAAGCAGAUGGACAUGUGUGGGAUAGAGCGAGAGAAUGUGUAAAUGAAUGCAAGUGAAACUAACCGUAUGAACGAGAACAAAAUUUGUCAAGCGAAAGAUGACAAUGGGAGAUACGGGGUUUCGGGCGUAGGCUAAAUAAAUAUUAUACGGAGACUUGGUUGAAGCAGGAAAGAAAGAAACCGAUAGCGUGUUUGCGCGUAAGUCUGCGUAAUUUAAAAAAAAAAAAGAUUCUUUUUUGGUUGCCAGUGCCAUUGUCAGAUUGUCAUCUAGUGAGAGAUUCAUAUGAAAAUGAAAAUAAUAUCUGGUUACUAACUGCUGCCAGCUUACUACUACUAUACACAUAUAUAAAUAUAUCUAUUAUUAUCAUUAUGAUUAUUACGGUUUAUUAUAACUAUCAUUCUAUAUAAUUAGAUUUAUUAAUUUACUUGAAACGAAAACACGAGAGAAAUUAAGGAGCAGGAAGGACGUUCAUAUUUUAAGUAGACGAAUGAUUUCCUGGUGCAGUCAGUCGGUCCAAGUGACGGAGCAGUGUAUCUCUUGUUAAUGAAGGACGAGUCCAUCGAUAUAUAGAUAUAUAAACAAUUAAAAAAAAAAAAGAAGCAAAUUCGAAACUCGUAAUUGUUUUUUGUUUUCCAUAGUGUCAAUGAUUAGUUAAGCGCGGUGACAAGGAGGAUGUUAUAUUGAAACGAUGAUGACUGACGUUGAUGGGUGAUCACAAUUCUAGGUUUAACGAUUAGUCUAAUAAUUAUUAAAUAUAUUAGCUGAUUGAUUCAUAAAUAAUGCAAUGGAAUAUAAGUAGUACUGUGUGUUUAUGUCCAAUUUCACGAGAAUAUAACGAGCAUUAUUACUCAUUAAAUACUGUUUGAAAUUACGUUACAAAUCGUUAUUCUUAAAAAAAAAAUAUAAAUAAAAAAAAAGAAAUAUAAAAAGAAUCCGCUACACGUAUACGUCUGCGUGACUUUCUUUGCUGCUAAGCAUCCGACGACAAAUCCUUCCGACGAUGGCGCGUCCGUUCCUCGUUCUCCGAUCUUCAUGUAUGGAUCGGUGUGUGUCUUAUACAUAAAUAUAUACAUAUAUUAUUAUAAACUGCGUGUUGUUGCGACGACUGGAGUCGAGUGUCGGUAUUUCUCGUUUUCUUCUCUUUAUUCUUCAUUUUUUCGCUUGUUUUAUUUUUCUUUUUGUGAGUUAUAUUAUAUUAGAUAAAAAAAUAUGAAAAUGAAAAAAUGCUGCGCGAGGUAUUCCGGUGCUGCGACGCAGCGCUGCAAUUUUUAGGUAUAUAUAUGAUUAAAUCUAAAUAAUGGUUAGUAGACAAAAAAUCUAGAGGCCGGGCAUUAGGUGUGAGAAAAAUUUUAAAAGCGACAGAGCAAAAAGGGCCGAAUGCAUCUAUGAUACUCUACGUAGACUUGUUGUUUCGCAGCUCUUCUGUAGGGACUGCGCUAUGGACUUUUUUGCAGUCGCACGCGAUCGCGUAAAAGCGAACUUUUGGCCCUCCGCCCGAGACAAGAACGGAGGACAUACGAUUUUUGCAUUCGAUGCGCUGAGUUUGUUCUCCCGUUUAAAAAGAAACUAAAUAAUACAAAUGAGCCUUCAGAAAACCCAAGUAACAAAAAACCGGACGCUGGAUUGCUUGUUAUUGUGUUAUAAAAAAAAAUUAAAAAUACAUUUUCGAAUGCGCCGAAAGAAUUGGUUGAGAAAUAUGAAUCGUCGUUAUCGUAACAAUGAGAUGCAGACUCCAAUUAGCCAAGAAACCGUCUGUCUCAUCGGAUAUAUCUUAAGCUUAAAUGGAGACAAGGUGUUCGAUACAUUACCGCUUUUUUAAGUUUUAGGUUUCGCGCAUAUUAUGCGCAAAAUAAUGUAACCAACGAUUCAUCUUUUUCACUGAUCGAUAAAUACUUUUAGUACAAAUGAAAAAUAUAGUUUUUCUUUUUUUCCAAGCGAAUAACUAUAUGCUGAUUACCAAGGAUGAGUGUUCAUUUUAAGUGGUGUUACGGCUUGUUUCGACAUUUUUACGCGUCGCAGCAAUUUCUCAAAGGAAAAUUCGCGAUAAUUAUAAUUUAAAAACGAUCAUUGCUUGUAUAUUCCUAAAAACGUAAUGUAAACAAUGCAUUGUAAGGAGGACUAUUAAGAAAAUUUACUUCUUAAAGUAUUUUUAAAUACGUCUAACCAUUUCAAAUGAACAUCCAGCUCUCCUUAUUUUCUAGCAAAUUCUUGUGCUAAACUGUCAGUAAUGAAAAGUAAAUCAAUAUUGUUUUUAAUUUUUCUUUUCAUUGUAGAGCGCACGACAGACUAAGUCUUCCUGUAAAUAAACUGAACUAUAUAUAAAAAA